AUGCCCUCUCCUAUGGUGACUGUCUGUGUGUCUCCUUCCCACCAGAGAGAAGCCUGUCUUCACAGGCAAGUGAAUUCAGGCAUCGUUUCACAGAUGGAGAUGGGGACACCAUGCGUAAAGAAAGAAGUUGCAUUCCCUGAGGCGGAAGGAGCUUCCUUGGAGCAAGGGCAGAGCGCGCAGGACCAGGAGCGUGCCCAAGAUGCCCUCUCCUGUGAGUGUGGAAAGAGAUUCAAGUUGAGUGACACCCUUCAAAAGCAUUUGACAACCCACACAGGGGAGAAACCUUUUGAAUGCUCAGAGUGUGGAAAGAGAUUCAAGUUGAGUGACACCCUUCAAAAGCAUUUGACAACCCACACAGGGGAGAAACCUUUUGAAUGCUCAGAGUGUGGAAAGAGAUUCAAGUUGAGUGACACCCUUCAAAAGCAUUUGACAACCCACACAGGGGAGAAACCUUUUGAAUGCUCAGAGUGUGGAAAGAGAUUCAGUUGGAGUUGUGCUCUUCAGCAGCACCAAAGGACCCACAGAGGGGAGAAACCUUUUGAAUGUUCAGUGUGUGGAAAGAGAUUCAGUCAGAGUGGCCAUCUACAACAACAUCUAAGAACCCACACAGGGGAGAAACCUUUUGAAUGCACCGAGUGUGGAAAGAGAUUCAGUCAGAGUGGCAAACUUCAACUGCACCAAAGAACCCAUACAGGGGAGAAACCUUUUGAGUGCUCAGAGUGUGGAAAAAGAUUCAGUCAGAGUGGCAAUCUUCAACAGCAUCGAAGAACCCACACAGGGGAGAAACCUUUUGAAUGCUCAGAGUGCAGAAAGAGAUUCAGUCAGAGUAGCGAUCUCCUACUGCAUCAAAGAACGCACACAGGGGAGAAACCUUUUGAAUGCUCAGAGUGUGGAAAAAGAUUCAGCCAGAGUAAUCUUAUAGCUGGGUUUCGGGAUCUUAUUCUGGAUAGGCCCAUGUCAGCCAUGUCUUUGUGA